CGCAUCGAUCUGCCAUGUCUCGUGGCUACCACGACGAAUUUGGCCACUGGCAGUGCGUUGGAGGUGACUCUGACUCUGACCUUGACUAUGACGAUGACUAUUACGAUGACUAUUACGAUGAGGAAUGUUACUUUGAAAACGACCAUAACCGCGACUGUGAUCAUGACAAUGGCCAUGAACAUGACUAUGAAUCCGCCAACUGGUACAGAUGGAGGGACAGAGAAUCAGAAGACGGAUACCGUAGUUUCGAAAACCGCGCCCGAGGACGCGAACUUCUUUCUGAACUUGUCAGCCAGCGGAAGAGCAGGGAAUUGCUUGAUAUAGUGGUGGAAGUCGAGGGUAGGGAGUUCCCCUGUCACCGGGCUGUGUUAGCAUCCACGCCGUACUUCAAGACCAUGCUGUCCUCAAACUUCGCUGAAAGUAGUUCAAGGGCCAUAAAGCUGCACGAGGUUGACCCCACCAGCUUCUGUAAGAUCCUGGACUUUUUGUAUACCGGGAAAAUCCGCAUCGGUAAAGAUGACGCCCAGGAC